AUGGGAAGACUUAUCAAAAAUCACUGGGCCAGACUCGUCACAUUAACCGCAGCAGCUUAUCAAGUCACCGCUGCUGUAGAGGCCUUCUUUUGGCCCAAAAUUCUGUGGGACUUCGCUACACAGUCAUUAGAUAAGGCAGUAAAGCCUGUUCCUGUAUUGCAGCUUCUUAAUCUCGCAAUGGGACUCGCUGUACUCGCGUGGGAAUGGCCAUUGCAUUUCGUUGCGGGAUCCCGUUUACAUAGGAGCAUUGCGGCUCGUCUUGUCGCGAUGCCACUGGUGGCCCUGACUGCUGCUCUGAUUUAUCAGGGGGGAGAUGCCUCUAUUUACUACACCAUUGCGUUUUUAGUAUAUCUCUACGCUUAUAGGGAAGGAGAAAUAAUCCCUCCCGAGCCUUGGCAGAUUGUUUCAAGGCUUGCCGCACGCGCUGAGGCACCAGCACAGCCACACGACGAUAGCCCGUAG